CCCUUUUCAAAAACAAUUGCCUAAGGCAUAGACUGGGCUCUGUGCUCUGCAAAUUUAUGAAAGAAUAUUGAAAAAAGGCUCUGAGAGCAGCUUUGGGAGAAGGUAGUUGUAAAUAUGAUGUGAAAAAGCAGCCUUAUGCACCUUUAGAAAAGCACAGAAUGGUGGUUAGUGCCACCAUUUAUGGACUUCCUUCCUCCUUGGAGGCUGGAGGCUAUUUGUGGAGAGGGAAGAAAUAGCAGGCUCACAUGGAACUGUCGCUGUGUUAUGUAAAAUGUAUGUUGGUUGCUGGUUUACUGGUGAGAGCUGGUAUCUGCUGUCACUAUUUUGAGAGGCUUUGCACUUGAAAAAGAGACAAUUUGCCCAAUCAAAGCAGCUACAUUUUAUUGAAGUAAAUAAGGCUGAAUGUCCUUGAAACAGAAGAUGAGUUGGUUGGAUGAAUCAUGGGUGAUCAUCAAUGCAAAGGUUCUUUUUUACAUGAAAAUGUUUUUGUAAUGAAAAUAACACAGAGUUUUAAAUGCUGUGACACAUUUUUCCUUUAGCUUCUUAAGAUUUUUCUCACACAACCAACUGUUUAGGGCAACACAUUUGUGUGGUCAAAAAGUUGUAUGUUUGCCAACAGCACAAAUUAUCAGUAGUAGGAAGUGAGAAUUAUGUGAAUUACUUAUGUGGGUUAUAUUUCUCUUGGAGGUUGGCCACGCAAUAUACACUUCCAUAGUCUCUAAGAGUGGCUUCCCAUAUCAGAUCAAUGCUCCACAGAAGUAGGAGCUAAAACUUGCACAAGCUUAAUGAAUUCCCCUGUCUUGACAGCAUCUUAAACCAGACUCUGAAGGGAAAGAAAAGAGCCAGAACUUCCACUGGUCUGGCAGACUGCAUCCUGGGUAUAAUCUAUGGCAAGAUGUAAGAUUCUUUGUUUAUUUUCCCAGGUGUAUUACUCCUGUGGUGCAGUGGUGGAAUCAAUGGAAAGAGGCCUGAUUUUGUCACCAGGUUUUCCAAACAACUAUUACCCAGGGACACACUGCGUCUGGCAGUUUUUCAUUCCCAUGAGAACCCAUCUCAUCUUGGAAAUAUUUGACUUUGACAUUUUUGAGAGCUCUAGUGAAACUCCAACCCCCUGGGAUGGCUUUACAGCCCCUGCUACAACAGAAAAUAAGGACAUGCCUUCUCUUGAGGAAAACCUGGAAUUUGCUGUCCACACCACAAAACCCUCUCUCCGGGCCUCGACAUCAAAGGUGGCUCAGAAUCUGAGCAGCACCAGAGACCAGUCAAAGGACCUUGCUGGUCACCUGAGUGAACUUCCGGGAACCAUCUCAAAAAAAGAUGAAGCCAAACAAGCAUCUGAAGAAAACCAGUGGAAGCAGAUGAAGGAACCCAAAGCAAUUACCAAGGAGGAGCUGCCAUUCCCCGUGGCUGGUAGUGUCUCAAUGCAGAGGCAAAAUACCAGUGGCCUGGAAACAGGAGAGGAUUUGGAAGGGAAGAUCUUGCUUGCCCACCUGGCUGCUAGUGAGAGAAAUGAAGUCACAGUAGAGAGCUGGACUCUUCCCUCAACAGCAUUGCCCUUGGAAAUCUCCUCCAGCCCUCAGUCAGCAGUGGAUGUCUGUCCCCAUGAUGUAUUAUAUGUUUCCGAUCUCAUCACAUUUUCCUCUCGCUUCUGCGGCCCAAAUUCCCCUGUAAACAAGACCAUGGUCUUUGGUUCCUCUCUGGAAAUGGUUGAGGUUAUUAUGGAGCUGAUCACCACCACGGACCGGGGCCGAGGCUUUGCGAUGCUGUUCGAGUACAGGAACAUCACUGACCCCAGCACUGUGGAUGCUGUGAGGCAGGAGAGGAAGGAGAACAUGAUGAUGCUGGCAAUUGUAACAGGGAUCAUUGUUUUUGCUCUUGCUUUGCUCUCUGCCCUCUGUGUAGCUUGCAGGCAGAGAACGUGCCCCAAAAGGAGCUCAUCCAACGCAUGCAGUGACCAGGAGAACAGGAUCCAGAACUCCACUGUCGAUAUCAAUGAGCUCCAGCUGGUGGUGCCAAGUCGGGAGAAUGAAAACAACAACCACUCUGUGAGCCGGGAGCAGGCGGGUAAGUGCAGGGCAUUGGCCGGAGCAGGUCAGGGCACCCCGGAGCCCUGGGCCAGUUCAUCAGAUAGUUUCUUCCCCACAGCCCUUGUCACUGUCUCGCCCAUGCACAGCUGGAGAGCUACUCCACAGCAGAAAGCCUUUGUUGUGGGGCUGUCCUUUGCUGCUCCCCCCUCCCUGGUAGGGUAACUCCCCUGGCAAGGAGCUCACACAAGUACAGCUCCAGCACGCUGCCAACACAAGCUGUCGCAGCACAUGGCAUUGCAGAGACACUGGGUUAGCAGAGCAAAUGCGUUGGGUUCAGCCUGCUACAAACAACUUACACAGAUCCAUAAACUGCAGAAGAGUUUCACCUGCCCCAGCUUAACUUUGUCCAGAAAGGAUGGGGUUUACAAUGCUCAAAUUGUCUUUGGCCAACUCCAGCUCCCGGAGCUCAGUUUCUGUGGGUCUAUAUGGAUGGAGGUGCUUUGGGUGACAUUUACCUCAGUGUGCUUCCAGAAAAAAGCAUCCCAGCCAAGCUGCAGAGAAUGUCACUUGCUGCAAUUUUGAGUCACAGCAUAUGAACUGUCCCAGUGCCCCUUCUGGUUAGUGGAGGCCAACAGGGAGCAACUUUAUGCGGAGUUGUGACACACCAUCAGUUUCCCCAUGAACCAUCAGCCACUACACACUCAGCUCUCACAAGGGCAUUUCCAUAAAAAGCUAAUUCUGUGCUCCCAGCCAUGACUGCUUCCCAUCUCCUUCUUGAGGUUGUGGCCAGAGUUCUCCUUGCCUGGACCAGAUGAUAGGCCUUGGGGACACAUGCAGACACACACCCCCUCCAUGGCCCUCCAGGAGCAUCAGGCUGCCUGUAGAAGCUGCUUCACUGGGGUUUAACAAAAAACUACAGCUCCAAAUAUUAACAUGUAUGAGUAAAUAAAAAUAAAUAAUGAUUUGAGCAAGUCUGCAAGUUUCUGAUCUGCAGCACAACAUCAUGUGUUUAACACAAGGAAUUUCAGCUCAUGACUUUUUUUAUUAGAAAGCAGACCCAAGGACGUUUCUCCUCUCCUUUUUUGUUUUUUUUUUUUAAAGCUUGCACUUUCAGGAGAGCAAACUGUUGACUUGAAUUUUGCUCUGGCUGGUGCAACAACCAGCCAAAGCCCAUUCCGGAGUG